CAGUCCCUUCAAGAAAACGCACACCCAAGAACCGUGAAACCUUAAAAAGCUCAGAACUUCGCCCCGAAAAACAAGAACGCGCGCACCCGCGAGCCCAAGAACCGAGAGCUCGAAACUUGCCCAAGAAAAUCCCAUACGACCACAAGCGCAUAUGGGGACUCUGGUGGGUCACGUCGCGCCGGGGUUCGGCUUCUUCCUCAUCGGGCUGUGGCACUUGCUCAACCAAAUCAAGCUCCACGCCGCCCACCCCCGGUCCUACACGUCGCCGCCGUGGUUCGCGGCCUCGCGGCUCAGGUACGCGGAGCUUUUCGCCAUCAUGGCCGGCUGCUGCAUGUCCGUGGCCAUGGAGCUCUUCGUCGGCCCGAGCCGCCACCAGCCGCUCGACUCGGACUGGACCAUCCCCUCCAACCACCUCCACAACUUCGAGCACUCCCUCAUCUCCGCCUCCUUCUUCACCUACGCGGCUUUCGCGAUAGUCCUCGACAAAACCCUGACCGGGCCCAAGACGGCCAAGACCAGGAACGGGCUGACCCAGCUGAUCGGCGCCGUCGCCUUCGGCCAGCAGCUCCUCCUCUUCCGCCUCCACUCCACCGACCACAUGGGCGUCGAGGGCCAGUACCACCUCCUCCUCCAAGCGGUCAUCGUCGUCUCCAUCGCCACCACCCUCCUCGGCAUCGCCUUCCCCAGGAGCUUCCUCAUCAGCUUCGUCCGGUCGGUGAGCAUCCUCUUCCAAGGGGUCUGGCUCGUGAUCAUGGGCUUCAUGCUGUGGACCCCCAGCCUCCUCCCCAAGCGGUGCUUCCUCAACCUGGAGGAGGGUCACGACGUGGUCCGGUGCCACUCCGACGAGGCGCUCCACAGGGCCAAAUCGCUGGUCAACAUCGGGUUCAGCUGGUUCUUGAUCUUGAUCACGGCGUUCUCGGUGGGCCUCUACCUGGCGCUCGUCAAGAUUUACGGAGAUACGGCGGAGUACCAGUCCCUCACGAAGACGGCAGGGCUUGACGAAGAGGAAGAAGAAGAGGAAGACGGCGGCGAGAGCGAUGACGUCGAGUCGCAGAAGAAGAUCAAAUUCGGGGAGACCAAGAGCUUCAUCCACGUGGGUAAUUCGAAAAACUUCGCCGCCCUCGACAUCGAAAGGUAGAUAUACGAGCAUUGAUAAUAAGGAAUAAAAAAUGGCGAAAAGAGUUCGGAAAAAAAAGAGUUGGUGAAAAUAUUUGUGCAGAUAGAGACGCGAUAAAGGUCAUUACUAGGUUUUCGGGUGUACAGGUUAUGUUGGUGGGAUCCAUAUUUUCCCAAUUUUCUUCCUCCAUCUUUUUUAUGGUGAUUUUUACAAAAAUUGUGGAGUCAUGUAUUAAAAAAAGAGCUUUGCAUAUUUUGUGGGGUUGAAAUUUAUAAGUUGGAAAAAGAAAAAGUGAAUGGUUUGUGGGGACAUUUGUGGCUUAGCUGGCGUCUCGAAUUGAUAGCUCCAGCUUAGAGCGGGUGUGUAUAGUGUAUACAUCGCGUCUCGUCGUUUGUAUAGAGAUACAGUUGAUUAAUAUUUAUUUUUCAUUUGAUGGUCA